AAUAAAUGUCAUUUACAAAAUAUUUGAAUAUUCUGUUUAGUUUUGUUAUAUUUAUUUAUUGCACUGCCAGUUCAAAUUGACUUAAUUUAGUAGGUAAUUAAUCUAUAAUCGCCUUCAUCUGUCUUCGUCAGCUGGGUGGUCUAUUUUUGAAAGUGUAUUUGACCUACUGUGUGGAUGAACUACCGAAAUGAGCGGUAAAGUAAAAAAAUGUGCUGGGAAGGAAGCUUUCCAAAGGAUGAAUUAUUUAUAUCAGGCAGCAAAUGCACUAGUUACAGAAAAUGACUCGAAGUAUGUAGCUUCAAUACAUUACAUCAAUCUUAUGCAGAGUAUUUCAAAGAAAACUGUCCAAAGAAUGGAUAUUGAAACUAAAAGAACGAUCUGUAAAGGAUGCAAAACUUUACUGUUGGCAGGUGUAAACUGCAGAGUAAGAAUGAAGAAGAAAAGACUUCGUUGGAUAUGUAAUUUGUGUGGACAAACAAAAACAUUUGAUAUGAAUAAUAGAAACUAUUGCCCAUGGCAACAGAAUCCUGAAAGUAUUGUUCAAAUUGUUGACAUGGGUAAUGAUUAGCAUUUAUAAUUUAGAUCAAGUGGAGAAAUGUGAUUAAAAUGCAGGAUAGUUAUAAUUACUUUUUAUUGUUAACAAAAUAUUAUGUAUUGUUGGAUUUUUGUUGUAUCUUUCAAAUUAAUAUUAUUUUGAUUGGACAUCAUAAUUUUACCAUAAUUCAAACUCGUCUGAGGUAUAAAAUGAUGCUGUAACAGUAAUUAUGUACAUUUCUAUGUUUUUACUGAUGAAACAAAUACGAUACUGGAAUAUGAUGAAGAAUGUAAACAAUGUAUGGGUUGACCAAAAAUGUUUAUUGUUUUUUUGUACAUCAUAUCGAAAAAGUGUUAAAAAUUCCUAUUUAAAUUAAUAAAAUAUGUAGGAUAAACUAACGGAAUUCAUUAUUAAAUAUUAAAUGAAUACUUGUUCACUAGCUAAACUGUCAGUAAAAGGACUGACAAUUUCUUUGGUGGCAAAAUAAAAUACUAGUCCAAAUGUUAUAGAAAUCGGAAGAGCUGGCAGAGCUUUCUUGAAUAUUGCCAGCAGUAGCAAUGUCAAACAUAAACCCUAAAAAUAAAAACGAUUUUAGAAAAUAGUAAAUAGUUACAGAGGAAAUUGAAAAAGUGCAUUUUUUCAUAGGACUCCAGUGUCUGGCAGAACCAAAUCAAAUAUAUGUUUUAAUUUUUGUUUAUUAUACGUUUCAGCCACAAUGUCGUACAAUAAAGAGAAUAUUAAAACAUAUACUAAGUGACAUAUAAAUCCGAAC